UGGGAAACGACCCCGGGCCUGGGUGGGAGGAAAGACGUUUCCCGCCGGCGGGAGCUGCGGUUGUGGUGGCGUGGGGAGCUGAGAGGGUGCGGGGCCCAGCGUUGCAGCACCAUGGCGGACCAGUUUUAUCUGGAAAAUAUAGAUGAAUUCGUCACGGACCAGAACAAAAUCGUGACAUACAAAUGGCUGAGCUAUACACUAGGGGUUCAUGUUAACCAGGCCAAACAGAUGCUGUAUGAUUAUGUCGAAAGGAAGCGAAAGGAAAAUUCAGGAGCCCAAUUGCAUGUCACUUAUUUAGUGUCUGGCAGUCUUAUUCAGAAUGGACAUUCGUGCCACAAGGUUGCAGUAGUGAGAGAAGAUAAAUUGGAAGCAGUGAAGUCCAAGCUAGCUGUGACUGCCAGCGUCCAUGUGUACAGCAUCCAGAAAGCCAUGCUAAAGGACAGUGGGCCUCUGUUCAAUACCGACUAUGACAUCCUUAAAAGCAACUUGCAGAACUGCAGCAAGUUUAGUGCCAUACAGUGUGCAGCUGCAGUCCCUAGAGCUCUUGCCGAAUCUUCAUCUUCUGAAAAGUUUGAGCAGUCAAAUCUUCAGAUAUCAAGUGAGACGCAAUCCAGUAAUGCAUUGACCACCAAUGGUCAUGGCCCACCUAACUCCAAACAGAUUCCCCAACAGCCUAAAGGAAUUAUGGGAAUGUUUACCUCUAAAGCUGCCUCUAAAACCCAAGAUACUAACAAAGAAACCAAAAUAGAGACUAAAGAGGCAUCUUCAGCAGGCAACAAGGCACCAGGGAAAGGGAAUGUGCUGAGCAAUUUUUUUGGAAAAGCUGCUAUGAAUAAACUUAAAGUUAAUUUGGAUUCAGAACAAGCAGUGACAGAAGAAAAAAUAGUGGAACAACCUCCAGUGUCUGUCACUGAACCAAAGCUGGCAGCCCCUGCAGGCCUGAAGAAAUCCAGCAAAAAAGCAGAGCCUGUUAAGAUGCAGCAGCAGGAGAAAAAAAGGGGAAAGCGAGUGGAGUUAUCUGAUGAUGAGACAAAAGAAGCUGAAAACAUGAAGAAAAAGAGGAGAAGAAUCAAACUUCCUGAGUCUGAUAGCAGUGAGGAUGAAGUCAUACCAGAUUCUCCUGGGGCUUAUGAAGCUGAGUCGCCAUCCCCACCUCCUCUCAUAUCUCCACCUCCUGAACCAGUGCCAAAGACUGAGCCAGAGCCUCCUUCUAUCAAGAGCUUAAGUGGAGAAAACAGAAGAAAACGAAAGCGUGUGCUGAAAUCUAAAACCUUUGUGGAUGAGGACGACUGCAUAGUGACUGAAAAAGUCUAUGAGAGUGAGUCCUGCACAGAUAGUGAAGAGGAACUUAAGGUGAAGACACCUUCCAUACAAAGACCCGCCACCACGACUAUGAGAAAAGAAUUCAAAGAAGAACGAAAGGGCCCCAAGAAAGGGACUGCUGCUCUGGGCAAAGCCAAUAGACAAGUGUCCAUUACUGGCUUCUUCCAGAAGAAGUGAACUGUUAUCUCUGUUAGGUCAGAGAUGCUAAGUGGUCAGGGAAAAGACCAAGACAUGCAGACUUCUUGCUUACUGUGUAAGUUCAUCCAGUGCCUCACCUCACCCAUAUCAGAAGACUGUUCUCCCAUCCUGUACGGUUUAUACUACUGCUUUUUAACCAAAAGGAAAUCACCUGGAAGCAAGAGGCAAAUGAAUAUUUAGAAAGCUGUUACCUUCUAAUGACAUUUUUAAAGCACAAUCUUUGACCUGUCCAGGAGAAGAAUGUACUCCAGAAAAAUUGGAACAGGUUUCAGAAUUAUCACUGAAGCCAUUCAGUGGCUAAUCCUCUGCACCCUGCCUACCCUAGGCCCUGAUCCACUUAUGGCUCAGGGCGUUCCUUGUUCCUUUGUAUUCUGUGGACUUGUGUGGGUAUUCUUUUACCGCUGAAUUUUACUGGAUGUAUUUACCACUCCCCCUGUCAUCCCUUCCCCAGUACCACAGUUCUGUUUGAAGCCGUUUUCUGUAAGUCUUUUAAAAAGUGGUUGGACUAGAGGCUGAAACAAAAAUCUCCCUAUAAUCCUCUUUUCCUCCAUUAUAAAGUACACUGACACCUGGCUGCAUACCAGCACAUUACUUGUGUUCUACCUCCCCCUUUCACAAAAGCUCUCGACCUUCACUUGCAAUUAGUGGUUAGGGAAAAGCCUCAGGCAGAGCACAAAUAGAAAUGUAACAAUGUAUUCAACUCCCAGAAAUUACUUAGUCAGCAUUGAUGAUAUUAGAGGGCUUAGGUUGCUGACACAGGGCAUGCUUUUAUACUCUGUUUUGUCACCUCCCUUUUCUUCUUUUUAAUACCUAGAGAGUGAAACCCAUACAAUGAAAUGAAGGCUAAAAAGAGAAAUCCCUUAGUACAUGUGGUAUACAACAGUUAAGUAAAAUUUCUCAAGGAAACGAAACAUUCAGAAACAGCAAUUUUCCAGGAAGUUCGUGAGGAAGCGAUAAAGCACACAUUUACAAUACGGAUGUUGCUCCUCUAUUUUUAACCCUCCCAUUUGCCUAAAAGUAUAGGCUCUCCAAGAAGAGAUGGAGAUACUGAGUUAGUAGGUGUAAACUGCUAUUAAAUGAAACAAUUUCACUUGUUACUUAAGGAAAAUCAUCUGUUCCAGUGAUAACCUUUAAGCGACUACCAUCAUGGCUGGACAGUGAGUUCAGCAAUCGAGGUGGUGUGGUGGUGCUCUUGCACAGUGAGCACAGGGGUGGAGGGGGGCGGGAAGGAACGUAUGCGCGGCUGCUGGUAUGAUUCACUACGAACAGACGAGGGAGGUCUGACUUGCUCUUUUCACCUCAGCCUGGUGUAUGUCCUAAGCGAUACAGUCAGCCAUCUACUGUUUAAAGUUAGGAUUGUGACUGACCUUGGAUUAACAGUGGUUUCUUUAGAAACUGUCACCCAGGGCUCUCUAGCCAGGCUCCCCAUGGACUUGAUUAAGACCAGAGGUUUGGAAGAUGAGUCUUGGCAUUACAUCUAGAACUUGAAAAGGCAAAGGCUUUGUGUAGCAAGCUGAGUAAAGGUUGACAUAUUCCAAACCCCUUUUUUUAAAUGGAAAAGGAUAGAGAAAAGGAUGAAAAACCUGCACUUAAAACCUUUACAAAAACUUUUUGGAGAGGAAUCCCAUUUAAAUGAUUAUUUUUGUCAUUGCUUGUAGUCGUUUUUCUAAAUAGAAGUGAAGAAGAAAAUUCGGUCUUUUAAAAAUUAUUCUGAGACCUCUAAUAAACUUAAUUUUGAAUUGGAAAACUCUGGUGUUCAUUGAAAGGAUAUUGCAAGUCCUACGAUAGUAAUCCUGUGAUCACUAUGUCCAAUAUGCGGCCUAAACUCAGCUGUCUGCAAGACUAAAUAGGUGGUGGCUUUUUUUAAAAAAAUACAAAACUACCAUGUUAUCCACAUGAGUUAAAUAAAUUUGAGAAGUUAUUUUAAAA